AUGCUGAACCCUAGCGGUACUUGCGAGGGAGGAAGUUCAGUCUCUCUCCCAGAAUCUCUGCUCUUUGUUUCUACACUGGAUGGAAGUCUGCAUGCCGUCAGUAAACAGACAGGAGACAUCAAAUGGACACUAAAGGAAGGUGUGUGUAUCUGUAACUCUUACAGACAUGUUGGAUGCGAGGGAGGAAGUUCAGUCACUCUCCCAGAAUCUCUGCUCUUUGUUUCUACACUGGAUGGAAGUCUGCAUGCCGUCAGUAAACAGACAGGAGACAUCAAAUGGACACUAAAGGAAGAUCCCAUCAUACAGGUUCCUACCUAUUUCCAAGAGCCAGGCUUUUUGCCAGAUCCCAACGAUGGCAGUCUGUAUGUACUAGGAGGCAAGCGCAAAGAGGGUCUGAUGAAACUCCCGUUCACUAUUCCAGAACUGGUCCAGUCUUCUCCCUGCAGGAGCUCCGAUGGGGUGCUCUACACAGGUAAAAAACAGGACACUUGGUUUGUGGUUGAUCCUCAGACAGGUGAAAAACAGACGAGUCUGAGCACCUCCUCUUCAGACUCCAUUUGCCCCUCUGCCCCUCUGCUGUUCAUUGGUCGCACAGAAUAUAUGAUCACCAUGUAUGAUACGAAGACUCAGGAGCUCCGCUGGAAUGCCACCUACAAUGACUACUCCGCGCCUCUCUAUGAUGACAAAAAAUAUGAGUAUAAGAUGUCACACUUUGCAUCCAGUGGGGACGGUCUGGUGGUUACGGUGGAUCGGGACUCUGGUGAGGUCUUGUGGAUGCAGAAGUUUGAUUCUCCAGUGGCAGGGUUUUACUUAUGGAGUCAGGACAGUCUGCGGCGAGCUCCUCAUCUGACAGUCUCAACAGAAACCCUGCGUUAUCUGACCUUCACUGCAGAAAACACACAGUCCCACACCAUGAAGUGGACCUACCAGUUCACAAAGGAGAACCACAGCACUAAGACUCAGCUAGUUCCUACUCUCUAUGUUGGCAAGACGGACUCUCAUCUGUAUGCUUCUACCUCUCUUGUGCAUCAAGGUGUGGCAAUUGUGCCAAAAGGUCUCACUCUUGCACGCAUCGAUGGGCCAAUCACAGCUGGCGUCACAAUGGGUAAUGGGCAGCCCGAGUGUGAGAUUACACCCAGCACUGAUGUGAAAUAUCCACCAGGAAGCAGCAGCUCCCUGCAGAAUCAGUGGCUGCUGAUUGGUCACCAUGAAGUCCCUCCUUCGGCUCACACCACCAUGUUGAGAGAUUUCCCAGAGAAUCUGCAGCGCUCUGGUGAUGUCAUUCCACCUCAAGGUUCUGGUUCUUCUUUCCGUUCUGCCUCUCACCCUUUGCCACUGGUAACAAAGCCCAGCACUUCCCCCGUGUUGCCAGACUCCUUGACCUCUGACCCCAUGACCGUGCUGGUGAUGACACUGCUGCUGGGAGCAUGGAUUGCCUUCCUGCUAACACACAAAAGGCCUGUCAGAAAAUCCCAGAGAUCUGAAGAGCCAGUGGACUCCAACCCUCUGCCGGUGUUGACCAAUCAGAGCGCUGCCACAGAGCCCAACACUCCAUCCUCAACCUCAUCCUUUAACAACAACAGCCAUUCAGAGAAGACUAGUUCUGUUGCAUCCAAUCAAACUCAGCCAUUCUCAAGCAAAGACUCCGCCCCAAUUACGACAGCUGCUCAAUCACAAAGUGAACAGCCUGACGUUGUGGAAGUUGGAAAAAUCUCUUUCAGUCCUGCUGAGGUGUUGGGCCAUGGGACAGAGGGAACCUUUGUGUUCCGGGGUCAUUUUGACAGUCGGCGUGUGGCGGUAAAGCGUAUCCUUCCAGAGUGCGUGGAGUUUGCAGAGCGAGAGGUUCAGCUCCUCCGUGAAUCAGACGAGCAUCCCAAUGUCAUCCGUUACUUCUGCACAGAGCGGGACAGACAGUUCACUUACAUUGCCAUAGAGCUAUGUGCCGCUACACUCCAGCAGUAUGUGGAGGACCCAAGCUGUCCUUACUCAGACCUGAACCCAGUGUCCCUGCUGGACCAAACCAUGUGUGGCCUCAAUCACCUGCACUCCCUCAACAUCGUUCACAGGGAUUUAAAGCCACGAAAUAUUUUGCUCUCUCUCCCGGGGGCACUGGGUCGAGUCCGGGCGGUGAUCUCAGAUUUCGGCUUGUGUAAGAAGCUUCCAGAUGGUCGCCAUAGUUUCAGCCUACGCUCUGGAAUACCAGGAACCGAAGGCUGGAUUGCCCCUGAAUUACUCAUAAAUGCUCCAAAAGGGAACCCUACGAGUGCAGUGGAUAUAUUUUCGGCCGGAUGUGUGUUUUAUUAUGUGACGUCCAAAGGACAGCAUCCGUUUGGUGACACUCUGCGGCGUCAAGCUAAUAUCCUCUCUGGAAUCUAUAACCUUGACCACUUUAUGGAGGAUAUACAUGAGGAUGUGAUUGGCAGAGAUCUGAUUGAGCGGAUGAUCAGUGCUGAACCAGAGACGCGUCCUUCAGCAGCGUCCAUCCUCAAACAUCCCUUCUUCUGGAGCCCAGAGAAACAGCUGCAGUUCUUUCAGGAUGUCAGUGACAGAAUAGAGAAGGAGCCAGCAGACAGUGCUAUAGUGGCCCGUCUGGAGAACUCCGGCAGAUCUGUCGUAAGAACCAACUGGAGGAUGCACAUAUCAGCACCACUGCAGGCUGAUCUUAGAAAAUUUCGUACAUAUAAAGGAAACUCUGUGAGAGACCUACUUCGAGCGCUGAGAAAUAAAAAGCAUCAUUAUCAUGAGCUCCCACCAGAGGUUCAGACAGCUCUCGGUGAAGUCCCUGAUGGCUUCGUGGCAUAUUUUACCUCCCGUUUCCCCCGGUUACUGCUUCACACGCAUUCAGCGCUUAGCAUCUGUGCCCCCGAGAGACUCUUUCACCCAUACUACCACCAUCCAUAGAGACAUGCUUGUUUGUUCCUGCACUGGACUGGAGAGGAAAAGUAAGAUCCUUGAGGACUCAACUAAACACUGUCGAUGUAGAAUUCUGCACUUCAGAACUGUGAGCACAUUUCGUUGUAGAGCACUACUGACAAAUUUUACUUAAACAUCCUACUGGACUUGCUGAGCGAAAUUUACCCAGGUUUUUUAUGCCUAUGCUUUUACAGAAACUGGUUUUGUAGGUCAGUGUGUAUUAAUGGGCUUUUACAGAGCUGCCAUUGUCGCUGCUGGCUUUAUGAUGUGAACCAAAGAGCAAAGAAAUAAAAAGGCCAUAUUUUCUGAUGAGUUGACAUCAGCCAAUAGAUUGACAAAUGUUCUACCAUUUGUCAGUUUUAUUUUAAUUCUGUCUUUUAACACAGAAGAUUACUGAAUUGCCAGCCAACUACUUAUAUUUUUAAUAGGUAGAAUUUAAAUGGUAUUAAAGUAAAGUAUUUUCAUAUUAAGGACAUUCUUAAAGGAUAGUUCACCGCAAAAUUCUGUCAUCAAACUGUAUAUUCACCCGCAUGUUGUUCCAAACUCAUGACUUACUUUCAUCCAUGGAACACAAAAGGAGAAAGUAUUGAAGACUGUGCAUUUUUAAAUUCGGUUUCAAUGAUUGGGGACAGAAGCUUUUAAGUUUCUAAAAGGGGUGAAAAUGUCUCUAUAAAUAUAUCUAUAUGUCUAUCUUGUGCGGGAUGUUCCAGGUUUUCUGAAGCCAUUCAGUAGCUUUAUGUGAGAUUAUGACUGAGAAAAAAAACACACACUGAGAGCGGUCCCGGGUCUGAGGGUCCACACACAAUUGCAAGCUUAGUUACAAGCUUAAAGAAUGACAAAAGCCAGCACUACAUCCAUUGAUAUUUGCAGAAAUAUGAAGAUCUUUGAUAGUGGACUAAAAACGAAAAAUGCUAAUUUAUUAUAUUAGUCAAUUUGUACACCAAGUGUAUAUGUAUUUGUGUGACUGGGAUUGGGAUUUUUUUUCUUUUGAUUUUGCUUUGUGUGGUUUGAAUCACAGCUUUGUGCUACAUUUAUGGAUCUUUUACAGUCCAUCACACAUUGCAGCUUCAUCCCCAUCUCUCAGCGUUACAGCUUCAAAACACUAAUAUUGUGUUUCCUUGAAGUAUUUUACAGCCUGCUGUACACUAGUUAAAAAAAAAAAAAAGAACUUUUUAUAAAUUAAGCAUUGAGGAUUUUUGCCACUGAAAAUUCACUCAAUUCACUGAAUGUGGAAAUACUAGUGCCUUCGUUUUUCUACCCAAUAAUUAAAUGUAUACUGAUUGUUUUGCCAAAAAUAUCUUUGCAACUAUUUGUUACAGUGGCACAGAUCCAAAAACUUUUAUACUUGAUUCAGAUUAAUGUUGUUGCAGACGUGUUUGUUGUGGAUUUCCAUUAAACAAAAUACUGAUCAUUUCAGGUGGUAUUGACAUUAUGUGUUUAUUACAAGGUACUUCAAAAAAUAUCAUGCUAUUACCAUUGUGUAUGUGCAAAAACAUGGUACUUCUACAAAACACUUCAGACAGUGAUAUAAUCUUGCUUUUUGUUUUGAGCACCAAAAAAAAAACUAAAUAAACUGUACUUUUAAAUUUU